AUGGGGAAUGGGGCAGUGACGGGGAAUGAUUUUCUGCCCCGCCAAAAUAUGGGGCAAGUAUGGUUUAUAAUGGUGCAUACUAGGUUCUCUUCGGUGUCCAGAUCUCCUUCGGAGUGUGCUUCUGCUUCAAAGGAGAAAUCUAAGAUGAGCCCGAAGGAAGUUGCAAUGAAAAAGUCGAAGUUAAAGGGGAAAGGGAAGAAGACAAACUUUACAAUUCAAGAUAAUGCGAUUGCACCUCCUAAGGGGAUGCAAUAUGUUAUUGCUGUUAAAGAGCACGAGACAGCAAAACUUCACACGAAUAACAAGUAUGAGCAAAUUAGUGAUUUAGUAGAAACAUUAUCUGUAAAGCAGCUUGCUGAGUUUCGUGCUUCUUGUUUUGGCAAUUUCACCCAUUUAAAACCUUUCAAAAUCCAAUACCAACUGAUUCACAACCUUUUGCUUAGACAGUUGAAACAACCAAACCCUCUUGAAAUCUGGUUUGGUAUUGCCGGGACAAAAUUGCGUUUCAGCAUACAUGAAUUUGCACUUAUUACUGGUCUUCGUUGCGUUGGUGCUUUAGAUAAGAAACGGUUUGUGAGGCCUGAGAAUGAGUUUGUGAAGUUAUAUUAUCAAGGUGGUAAUAGUAUAACCAAGAGUCGCAUCAAACAGUCCUUUAUUCAAAAAGAAUGGAAAACUGAUGAGGAUGCAAUUAAGUUUGCGAAAUUGUAUCUACUUCACCAUUUUCUUCUUAGCUCCAGUAGUGAUUCUGUAAUUUCUAGGGGUGAUCUUGAUAUGCUGGACAGUGGAGAUUUUGAUCAAUUUCCAUGGGGUAGGGAAGUUUAUAAGGCAACCUUGGAGUCACUCAAAUGUAAUGCAAGAACUGGUUGCAAAGACAACUAUUACCGUUUGAAUGGUUUUCCAUACGCUCUUCAACUUUGGUUUUACGAGUGCUGCCCAUAUUUGAAUGGAAAGUACUCUAUUGCAAAUAGUGGAUGUAUUCCACGUAUGCUUUGUUGGUCAAGUGAUGGUAAUGUGAAGUUUGAGGAUGUCUAUACCACACUGUCAUUGAGCGCAAAGGAGCUGGGAUUGAGAAACUUAACGCCUACUGCAAGUGAGAUCAAGGAAUUGAAGUUGGAGGAAUUGUUUCCAACUUCCAAUCAAAGGAGUGUUCAAGGGAAUGACAAUAGCGAUGAUGACUUUGUCAACCCUCCAACCCCACUUUUGAGGCUGUCUUCUUCACAUGCAAAUGUACCUGAAAGUAACAUAUCUCUCGCUGAAAUGCAGAGGAAAAUUUGCAUGUUUGAAACUCGUCAGAAUAAUCUCACUGCUGAGGUUGAUUUUUUGAAGACAACUAUGACUGAGAUGCGUUCAUAUUUUGAAUCUGUCUUCUCAAACCUGCAAGAAACUAUCAUGAAGGAAGUUAGGAGGCAAAAUGAAACUGAUGAUGAUUUUUAUGAUAAUUACACUGGAAAUGAAUUUGAUCAGGAUAGAAGAGGAUGUGACCCUUGGCUCCAAAAUGUGGUUGCAAGAGAGGUUGCUGGAAAUGAAGAUGCUGCAGCUAAAGUUGCUGAUGUUGCAGGACAAGUUGCUGCAGUUGAUAGAGAGGUUGCAGCUAAGGAUACAAGAGAAUGGGAUCCUUGGCCCAAAAAAGUGGUUGCAAAAGAGGUUGCUCCUGCAAAUGAAGAUGCCUCAGUUAAGGUGGCAAAUGUUGUAGUGCAUGUUGCUGCAGUUGACAAAGAGGUUGCAGCAGCUGAUGGCAAAGUUACAGGGGACAUUGUAAACACUGCAGAGAAGGAUAACAAUGUUGCAAUAGGAGGUUCAAAAGAUGCAGGAGUUGAUGGAGCUGAUGAUGGAUUUUUUGGUAGCCUCUCGGAGAAAGAAUUGGCUGAUUUGGAGUUGGCUGUGCAAAGUGCCAGCAAAAUAGGGAAUCCCAAAUUGGGAACUUCUACCAAACCUAUUCAGCCAACUCCUGCUAAUCGUAAACGGAUGGUUAAGCUCCCUGCAUAUUUGCAGUCUCCCUUUUUGCAACAUUUUGGUUCGACAUCGGGAAAGAGUACUGAGCCCUCUGCUAUUAAAGAAGUGUUCAAGACUGUCAAAGGACUUUCAGCAUUGGAUGGUAACAUUGGAGAAUUGCCAAGCUUUAAUGUUUGUGGAGAGUACAUAGAAUGGUUGGAUCAUGGCAUGAUUACAAAGAGAAAUACGACAACAUAUUAUUCAAAAGAAGACGACAAGAUCGACCCGGCUCUGAAUUUAGGGGUUGAUUUGCAUGUUGAUGUGUUCUUUUACCAUUUAAGGAAGAAGGUGAAGGAAAACUUUGAAGUUCUUUCAACAGAUUCCACCUUUCAACUUAGAGUUUCUACCAUGUAUGAUGCAUGUGUGAAGAAGAAUAAAUUUACAGUUAAUAUCAAGCAAGACAUUGCUAAAGUUAUGAUGGGCGAUGGCAUUCGUUACAAUACUCAUUGGGCUUUGGUUGCUGAUGUCCUGUUUCCUAUAUUCAUUCGAGAGCAAAAGCAUUGGCUUCUUGGAAGAAUUAGUUUUGCAAAUAGGGAAGUUCAUGUGUAUAACACCUUAAAAUGUGAUGGCGUGAAGGAGAUUCUUGUUAAAUAUCUGCGUCCAUUUUGCAAGUUACUGCCUUACUAUAUGAGAAUUACUGGCUUCUACGAACGUCAUGAUAUUGAUUUCUCAUCCAAGGCUUAUUUGAACAAGUCAGAAGCUGAUCCUCUUGGACUAGUUAUGCAUCAUGACUGCGUUAAGUCAUCAUCCGUUGAUAGUGGUAUGUACAUGGUUUCUUUUGCUGAGUAUCUUGCUGAUAAGAAGAAAAUUCCGCAAGGAGACUUGGAUAUUGGCGCUCAUAGAAGCAGACUUGGUUAUCUCUUUUACUCAUAUGGCAUGGCAAAGCAGAUUUAUGGCUAUGAGAGCGAGGGAGAGAACAAAAAAGCAGAUGAGAAAGCAACAAAGUCACCAACAAAGAAGAGAAAGACAAGAUCUAUGAAAUGA